ACAAACAAUCAAUACUAACAAAAUGAUGACUCUGACGAAGAACUUUUUAAUUUUGACAUUACGAAGUUUUUCAACAAAAGCAGCGCCUAAAACCACUAAACCACGAAAGUACACAUUUAUUGAUUCAUUACGUGUUCAUGUGAGGGGAGGAGCAGGGGGACAGGGCUUCCAGAAGUUUGGUGGUUCUGGAGGAGAAGGAGGAUGUGUUUACAUCAAAGCAAACAAAGAUAUCAACAACCUGAAAACUGUCAUAGAAAAAAAUCCAAAGAAGCGUUAUGCUGCUGCUGUAGGGCAAGAUAGCAGGAGACAUUGGAUCCUGGGGAACCCUGGUGAGGAUGUUUGUAUAGAGGUGCCUGUUGGAGUGUCAGUUAAAGACGAGCAUGGCAAGGAAAUGGCUGAUCUUGACGAGGAUGGUGAAGAAGUGGUAGUGGCAAAAGGUGGCAAGGGAGGGACUAUUGAAAACAGCUUCCUCGGUCAGAAAGGAGAGGCACGUACAAUUGUUCUCGACCUAAAACUAAUUGCAGAUGUUGCUCUGGUGGGAUUUCCAAAUGCCGGUAAAUCAACAACUCUAGCUGCUUUGUCGCGAACAUCUCCAAAAAUUGCUGCAUAUCCUUUUACAACAAUACAGCCAUAUAUUGGAACUAUGCAAUACCCAGAUAUGAGACAGAUAACUGUAGCUGACUUGCCCGGACUGAUCGAGGGAGCACAUGUAAAUAAAGGCAUGGGUCACAAAUUUCUAAAGCACAUAGAGAGGACCAAACUACUCCUAUUUAUUGUCGAUAUCGACGGAUUUCAGCUACACACAAGAUAUGCUUACAGAACAGCUUUUGAAACCAUACUACUGCUGAAUAAGGAGCUUGAGUUAUAUAACAGAGACGUCUUAGAGAAGCCAGCAAUUUUAGCCCUGAAUAAAAUAGAUCUGGACCAAGCUAAAGAGAAGACAAGAACCAUAAUAUCCCAAGUGAAACAUCUACCAGAAUCACUUAGUGAUGUGGAUCCAGAAUUUCAUCCUAAACAGAUUAUAAAGUUUGACGGUAUAUUGCAAAUGUCAGCCAAAAAUCAAGAUUCUGUGGAGAUGGUGAAAGAUUUAAUCCGUAAGAGACUAGAUUACCAUCAUGAAAAGGAGAGGAGAUUGAAUGAGCAACAUGGCAUUGUGGUACCAGAUAGUUUAAAGAACUUUCAGGAACGUCUCCGAUUAAAAAAUGAACAACGCAAGGCCAGGUUAUUAUGAUGACAAAUCGAUACCUUGGUGUGAUGUAAAAAUAUGAUGUUUAUUGGGAGACAAUAGUAAUAUAAUAUCCUGUUAACAUGUUAAAGUCAUACAGUUUUUACUAUAGAUUACAUGUAUAUAGGUAUCUCUGCAGUAUAUUCAGAAUCAGCAAUGCUGUUAAAUUUUAUCCUGAGAUUUGUGGUUUCUCCAUCACCUAUCCAAUAUGAUAAAAUAUUCUUUUUGUUUAAACUGGUCAAAAUCCAAUUGAAUUACCAAUCAAGUUAAACUUGUUAUUCAUUUGAAAAAUAAGUAGAUGGAAAGAAAUUUAAAUGUCAAUGAAGUUGGUAAUCAUAAAGAUCUGAAAUGAAAAUGUGAUAUCGUGUUGGUCUGUGUGGCCAUCUAUUGGUCUGUUUAUUCAACAGUAUGUCUCUACAGGUUUCUUUCUUUUCGUUCAAAGUACAUUAUAUGUCAUACCAUUAUGAGUUUCAAAUGUUCAGGGGCAGUGUGAUAGUUAUCUUUUCUUUUUCUAUUAUCACUGAAAAUUUACAUGUUUUUCUUUGUUACUAUGACUGGUGUUUGGCGGUGAGGGGGAUAUUUUGGGAUUUAUGUAUGACUAGACACAUGAUACGGCCCUUAACAUGCCAAUGAUCUAUUAAAUACCAGGUAACUUCACAUGAUGAAAAAAUUGUCACAGUAUUAGGAUUAUUGAAGCUGUGAUGUAACCAGUGAUGAAGAUCCAAGAUGUAUGGUUUGAUGCUCUUUAUCCGGGGUGUGUUUGUGUUUCAUGGGAUGUUUGGGUGCUGAGAACAAAGACUAUUCUGUGCUUAAGUAGGUUUGUCCUCCAGCCUACCUUAUUGCUCUGGUUGGCAUACAUUGGGACUCCCAUAUGUUGUUCAGUGAAGUAGCCACCAGCUGCUACAAGGAGACUCUGCUGCAAAAUGUCCCUAGUUGGUCACAGUAUGUCGAACAAACCCAACAAACAAACAUAUUUAUAUAAUAGAACUGGUAAAUGGAAAUGUAUAAAGAGUUACUUCAAUAAAACUGUUUAAGGAUUUUGCAGAUGACUUCAAUAAAACUGUUUGAGGAUUUUA